AUGCAGAUGCUCCUGUGCCACAGAGUGCAAGCAAUAGUUCCUGAUACUUGCAGAAACUGUUACCUUACAAGUAAUUCUUGUGACUACAGGCAGGAGCAUGAUAGGACAAGUGCUUCAGGAACUGAAGGUAGUAUCUGCCUUGCAGAUGCCCAAGGCGAUGGGAAUGGUAUGUUUAGUCCUGUGCGUGUUAACGUAAGAGGAGCAGAUGAUGGACUUGCUGGCAUUGGGAGAGGAAACUCAAAUGUGCCUGGUGCUGCUUGGGCUCCUACGCGUCAUAACGAAGCAACAUUCAGAAUUUAG